AACUCUCAUGUUUCUCCUCUUCUGAGGUACUCAAAACAGUUAAUGUCAAUAUUAAUCGAACACAAAUGGACCUUCCCACUUGUACAGUUGUACCCUAAAUGACUAUAAAGUGUGAAAGUGAGUUGAACUCCAAUGCACAUCAUUCCUCUUUUAUUUUCCCUCAUACAAAAAGCAUUUUAGUAUGUUCAUAUGAAGUUAAAGAAAACCCAAAACCAAGAAUUCCGCAAGAAAAAGUAAAAGAAAUACCCAAAAACAAAAACAUCACAAAUUUUGAGUCCUCAGUUAAACAGAAUUAUGUAAAGCUUGGUUACAAUUAUCUCAUGUCAAAUAUGUACUUGUUCGUCUUCUUCCUCCUCUUCAUCCCACUAUUUGUUGCUCUCCCUAGUCUUAUAAAACAACACUUAGCCCAACUAUGGAAUAAUAAUAAUAAUAAUAAUAACCAUUUCCCGCUGGAAUCACUCCUUACUCUGUUAGUCUUCCUUGCUAUGACCCUUUUCUUACUAGUAAGCCGUUUUAGGAAGAAAGUAUUCCUAGUCGAUUUCGCUUGUUGUAAGCCAAACCCUUCCUUUAGAAGAACUAAGGCUACAUGCAUGGAUAGAGUUGCUCAAUGUGGGACAUUCACCCAACAAAGCAUUGAAUUUCAAAAGAAGCUAUUUGAAAAGUCCGGGGUAGGCGACGAGACGUAUUUGCCUGACUCCUUAAUCGAUGUUCCUUCAAACCCUACCAUCGAAGAGGCGAGGAAGGAGGCGGAACAUCUCAUGUUUGUCGCCAUUGAUGAAUUACUUGCAAAAACAGGGGUAUUGCCUAAAGAUAUAGGGGUACUUGUUGUGAAUUGUAGUGUGUUUAAUCCUGUGCCAUCACUUUCUUCGACGGUCGUCAACCGUUACAAGCUUAAAGAGGAUAUUGUCACUUAUAAUCUUGCUGGCAUGGGCUGCAGUGCUGGCCUCAUUUCUAUAGAUCUUGCCAAAGAUCUUUUACAGGUGCGUCCCAAUGUAUAUGCUUUGGUCAUAAGCUUAGAGAGCAUAACACAAAACUGGUAUUGUGGAAACGAGCGUUCAAUGCUCAUAUCAAACUGCCUAUUUCGGAUGGGUGCAGCGGCAAUCCUCCUGUCAAACAAACGUUGUGAGUCUCGUCGAUCAAAGUACGAACUUGUACAUGUUGUUCGCACCCACAAAGGCGCAAAUGACAAUAGCUAUAGAUGCGUAAACCAACAGGACGACGAAACAGGACGUUGUGGUAUUGCCCUCUCUAAGGACCUAAUGGCAAUGGCAGGGGAAGCUUUAAAAACCAACAUCACAACCCUCGGACCUUUAGUCCUUCCAAUAUCAGAACAACUUCUGUUUUUAGUAGUGUUAUUCGGAAAAAAGGUACUUCAUAUGCACAAAAUUAGACCAUAUGUACCAGAUUUCAAGCUUGCUUUCGAGCAUUUUUGUAUUCAUGCCGGAGGAAGAGCCGUGCUUGAUGAAUUAGAAAAAACCCUUAAGCUUUCUCAAUUACAUAUGGAGCCUUCAAGGAUGACUCUUUAUAGAUAUGGAAAUACGUCUAGUAGUUCAGUGUGGUACCAGCUCGCGUACCUUGAGGCUAAGGGGAGGAUCAAAAGAGGUGAUAGGAUUUGGCAGAUUGGUUUCGGAUCAGGUUUUAAAUGUAAUAGCGCAGUUUGGCGUGCUUUGCGUAACAUCGAUCCUAAUGAGGAGAUAAACCCUUGGAUGGGCGAGAUUCAUAAAUUUCCAGUCAAUGUACUUCAAGUAUCACCCAUAGGCAUGCCAAACACAGGCUGAUAUGGUUGUGCUAGACUUCUAGCUAGUUACAAAUGUAAAACAAUAAAAUUAUGAAAUACUAGUAUGUUUGUUUUUCUUUUAUUUUUACA